GUCAGCUGGCGCCUCAAUUGUAUUCAUUUGUAGUAUUUGUGUACAAUUCUUGUAUACCACAGUUGUAUACAACAUCAAGUUUUUAUGGCGUAUUGUAUUGUUUGUAAUUGUGUAGAAAAAUGGAAAUUACUUUUAAUUAGUUAUGCAUAAAUGACUCAUGUGAAUGAAAAUCCGCUCUCAUUUAAACAUCCUUAAUGUAAUACUAUGAUUUGACUUUAUAACUUCAAUAUUAAUGAAAUAUUUAUAAAAAUGGGCCAAGGUAAGAGUCAACUUACUAAUGAGGAGUUACAAGAUUACCAGGACCUUACAUACUUUACCAAAAAAGAAGUACUAUUUGCUCAUCAAAAAUUUAAAGCUCUAGCACCGGAAAAAGUUGGACACAAUAAAAAUGCCAAACUGCCAAUGUCCAAGAUUUUAUUAUAUCCAGAGUUGAGUGUUAAUCCUUUUGGAGAGAGAAUUUGUAAAAUAUUCAGUUCUAGUCAGGAUGGAGAUUGUACAUUUGAAGAUUUCUUAGACAUGAUGUCUGUUUUUUCUGAGGCAGCCCCAAAAUCUGUCAAAGCAGAACAUGCAUUUAGAAUAUUUGACUUUGAUGGGGAUGAUAUGCUUGGAGUAUCCGAUUUAAAGCAGGUGGUCAACAAAUUAAUAGGAGAGAACAAAUUGAGUGAGACUGAUUUACAAAUGUUGGUCCAGAAUAUUUUGGAGGAAGCCGACUUGGACGAUGAUGGAGCACUAUCUUUUGCAGAAUUUGAGCAUAUUAUUGACCGGUCUUCUGAUUUUUUAAACUCAUUUUGUAUAAGAUUAUAAAAUAGUAACACUACAGAUAUGAUGGAAAAAGAUCUUUGAAAUAUGAAUACUCAA